GGACGUUUGAGGUUUGCAAAAAGGGUGCCACGUCCAUGUACACUUAUGCGCAUAAGAACAUACGUAAGGGAGUACCUGGAUACAUUUAACACAUAAUAAAUAAGUUUGUCAUUGUACAGUUAGAGCGCAAAAUUGUUACUAAAAAUGAAUAACCUUUUCCCAUUCUUCCUCUUUCUUUUUUUCUGUUUCGAGAUAGCUUUGUGUGAAAAUGAGAUCAAAGAUGAACUCUUUUCGGACACCGAGUUAGAGAACAUAGGGGGGAGUGCAGGCGACAUAAUAACGAGCUCUUCAAGAUCACCAACGACGAUUAAUGGCCGUCCCUCAAACACGAACCUCGCGGGGGAGCUAUUAAAGGAAUUAAAAACCAUUCCGCCACCAAACGUCGAAUUGAAUAAGGCUGAAUUUAUUGACCCGGAUAUUAUUUGUGAAAGGGACUACAACACGCCUUGUCCAAAUGAUUAUAACUAUAUCGGAUCUGUUCACCAAAUUGACGAAGAGAUAUGCGCACCGUCUUCCACCUAUGACGGCCCAUGUGUUGGGGAGCCGCUCAACAUAAAAGACAUGACAGAGAAGACAAAGGAAACGUGGUCUAAAGAAUGCCAAACAUUUUGGCCCUGCAAAAAAUGUGUGAGGAAUUUUACUUCCUAUUGUCCAGAAAAAUGGGAGAAAGUGAAGGGCACUUUGCGAUCGUGCGAACCGUCUGUGCUAUAUCAUGGGCCCUGUAAAUUUCAAGUGAAUUUUUCUGGCCAUACUAUUCAAAUGUUGGAGGAGUGGAGCUUAAAAUGUCACGCUUGGUGGGCCUGCGAUCAUGUAAAUGUGCUGGACGAUUGCCCAGACGGCGACAUGCCCAUUACAGCUGCCGCGACGAGGUGGAGACUGAAGAAAAAUUAUCAAUGAAGAAUUAUCUUUCGCAUUCUUUGUUCUUCCAGUUGGUAGCAAUAAAGCAUAUUUUUUUUUUUUUUUUUUUUUUGUUCUCUAUAAAAAUUAGAAGAUAUAUAUUUGUGAAGCAAACCAAAUUUGUCAACUUUUCUUUUUUAAGUGACUAAGUUGGGAACGUUGUGCUAUCUCUUUGUUUGAGUUUGCAUUGUUUAACU